GCUCAUCCAUUGGAUUAUUAUGAAUGGGAUGAUGAAUUUCAAGUUCUCACAUAUGCUGAUAUGCCUGCUGAAGAUGAUGUUGAAGGAUCCUCCUUAACAUCUCAUGACAUGGAUACACCUCCUCCAUUAUAUACCCCAAGCCAUCGUCAUUCUCAUAAAGGAUUACCUCAUGUUGAAAUGGUUCGACCUGCUCAAGAUGGUAGUAGUACUGUCAUUACACCUAGUUCAGAAUCAGCAAAAGAUGAGAAAAAGAAAGUUCGAGAAUUAAGUGAGGAAGAAAAAAAGCAGAUAAUGCUGAGGGAAGAUUUUCACCAGUUUUUUGACCGUGCCACUAGAAUUAUUGAAAGAGCUUUAUAUGAAGAUGUAGAUAUCUUAGUUGAUUAUACUGGCACGGGAGAAGAGCAGGAUGGAGAUGACAAGAGCGGCAUAAAAUUAUCUUUAAAUAGGACAUUUUUUGAUGACCAUUGGUCGAAAAAUAGGACUGUGACUAGUUUUGAUUGGUCCUCACAGUUUCCUGAAUUACUAGUUGCAUCUUACAAUAACAAUGAAGAUUCUCCUCAUGAACCUGAUGGUGUGUGUUUAGUAUGGAAUAUGAAGUUUAAGAAAACAACACCUGAAUAUAUCUUUCAUUGUCAAUCAGCUGUAAUGUCUACAUGCUUUGCCAAAUUUCAUCCUAAUCUGGUAUUAGGAGGUACUUACUCAGGACAAAUUGUCCUUUGGGACAACCGUAGCAGUAAGAGGACACCUGUUCAAAGAAGUCCUCUUUCUUCUGCUGCACAUACUCAUCCUGUAUAUUGUAUUCAAGUGGUUGGUACUCAAAAUGCUCAUAAUUUAGUUAGCAUAUCCACAGAUGGGAAGUUUUGUACUUGGAGCCUUGAUAUGCUUUCGACACCUCAGGAUACUAUGGAGUUAUCACACCAAAAGCAGUCAAGACCUGUAUCAGUAACAAGUCUCUCAUUUCCAUCAGGAGACUACAACAAUUUUGUAGUUGGAAGUGAAGAAGGAACUAUUUAUACAGCAUGCAGGCAUGGUAGUAAAGCAGGAAUCCAUGACUUAUUUGAAGGACAUCAAGGUCCAGUGACUGGCAUUAGUUCUCAUAGUGCUCAAGGCCAUAUCGAUUUUUCUCAUUUGUUUUUAUCUUCAUCUAUGGACUGGACAGUGAAAUUAUGGAGCUUGAAAGACAGCAAACCCCUUUAUUCAUUUGAAGAUAAUGGGGAUUAUGUUUGUGAUGUAGCAUGGUCUCCUACUCAUCCUGCAGUGUUUGCCUGUGUGGAUGGCAUGGGAAGAUUAGAUAUAUGGAAUUUGAAUAAUGACACAGAGCUGCCUAUAGUGAGUGCUAUGGCUGAUGGCAAUCCAGCUUUAAACAGAGUAAUAUGGACUCCCUCUGGCCAUCAAGUUGCUGUUGGUGAUGAUCUUGGAAAAGUCUAUAUAUAUGAUGUUGGAGAGCAAUUGUCUAUUCCCAAGAGUGAUGAUUGGUCUAGGUUUGUUCAUACUUUACAAGAUUUAGAAAAUAAUAAAGCUGAUCAAGAAUUAGACUCUCUUAAUAACUUUUCAUCUAGUAACUCAUUUGUACUUCCUAUUCGCUGAUGAAGAUAAAAAUCUAUAUUGAGUAAAAAGUUUAUUCUAGCAGUUUUUCUUUGAUGCACAGAUUGGACUGCUGUAUUAUAUUUUAUUCAAAGUUAAAUUAAUAAUUUAUGAUUCUGAAAUAUCUUAUUAAAUCAAAUGUGCAUGCCUUUCACCUAACACUGUGGAUCUGUAUGUCAAGUUAAUAUUUGAAUGUGCUGUAAUCUGACUUUGAAAUAAAUUUAUUACUUGCAGUGCAAAUAUCUUGAA